UACUUUUUGUACAACCCGGGGUUUCCAUUGUUAUUUCCGGAAAGCGAGGAAAUCAUUAUUCUGAAGCGGCCAUGCCAUUGCUGUAGAUGAUCAACACCGUCAUCUACCAAGAUGAGUUUUGAGAGUCCAGACAAUGAAAAGAACUUCCCUGGUCUGUAUAAAGCAGGGUCGCUUAGCGACCAGACGUCAGUGUCAGAGGAGGACCAUGACCGAGCCAGUAGGAAGAAGGAUCUGGGGAAGAAGAAGGAUGGCAAGAAGGACAAGAAGGAGAAGGGCUACAUGAUGUUUGAGGAGGAAGACUCGGAGGAAGACAUGGUGUCCUUGGACGACGUCAAGAGCCCCAAGGUAAAAAAAAGUAAACCAGGCUUCAAGUUUCCGGCCAGGAAGGACAUAUUUCCCAAGAAAGAAAAGGAAGAAAAGAAGGAGAAGGAAACAAAGAAGGAAGAAAAGAAGAAGGAAGUGAAGGAAGAAAAGAAACACAAGAAGGAGAAGAAGAAAUCCAAACAUGCUCUCCAUGAGGUACCAUCUGUCGUAGUCCAGAGUGAAUAUGAUAAACCAAUAUUUGGUGUACCCUUGGCGCUGUCUGUGGAAAGAAACAAGUCACAUGAUGGAAUAGAACUCCCUGCAAUAUUCCGAGAAUGUGUUGACUACAUCGAGGAACAUGGUCUGUCGUGUGAAGGCAUAUACCGGAUCUCAGGUGUGAAGUCAAAGGUGCAGCACCUGAAGGACUGCUACAACAAGGGAGUGCCGGCCUACCUCCAGGAGCAUGAGCCCAACGUGGUGGCCAGUCUCCUCAAACAGUUCCUCAGGGAUCUCCCAGAACCCGUCCUUACUACUGCACUCAUGCCCAAGUUUGAAGAAGCAUCAACGAUCAAGAAUGAGAAGCGACGUAUUGAGCAGUUCAAGAAGUUGAUAGAGGAGCUGCCCACCUGUAACCGACUCCUGCUGUCCUGGAUGAUUGUACACAUGACACACAUCAUUGAGCUGCAAAAGCAGAACAAGAUGACGCUCCAGAACGUGUCGAUCGUGCUGAGUCCGACCAUGCAGAUCAGUCACCGUGUCCUCAACAUUCUCUUCACAUACGCAGGACAGCUGUUUGCUGACACAAUCGUCAAGAGGUAUGUUCCCCCUCUGAAGCCAGCCACAUCCCGAUGGUCGCUGGAGCUGCCGGACAACCCAGCUGCCUUGGAGGAAGAGCUGGCUAAGCAGGAGUCGCUGCUGAACGAGCUGCAUCGUGAGCUGAAUGCUGGUGUCACCGACUCCGACAAGGAGGAACAGCUGUGGGAGGUGCAGAGGGUGGUCACUCAACUCAAGCGGAAGAUAAAAUUUGCAAAGAAGGCUGCAGAUAGGAGGAAGGACAAUGAGAGCAAAAAACUGUCUGCUCAUCUCCCUGAAGAGGAGGAGCUUGAUCUCAGACCCAAGAAAGCUGAACCCAAACCAUCCACGAAAACAGCAGAAACUGAGGAGAAAGAACAGCCAGAUGAACCAAAGCCAAAAGAAGUAGAGAAAUCUGAAAAUGAGGCUGAAGUUCAGAAAGAGGCUGAAUCUCAGAAUGAGGCUUCAUCUCAAAAAGAGUCUCAAGCUCAGAAAGAGGCUGAAAAGGAGGAGAAAAAGAUCAAAAGGCAUUCUGGAGUGAAAGCAGGUGCUAAAAUAACAGUUGAAGCUGAUGUGGUGAAGUCGGCUGAAGAGGAAACAAAAGAAACAGCAGAGGAAACAGUUGAAGAAACGAAAGAGGUAAAAGAGGAAGAGGUUAAAAGUGGGGACAAGGAUAAAGAUGGGGUGGAAGAGAAAAAGAAAGUGGAGAAAGUUGAACCAAAGGCUAAAAAAGUGAAAGAGACUGAGAAAGUGUCCCUUCAUCCACAUAUCCACUUGUCUAGUGAGCCACUCAAGCCUAUUAAGGCUGAACAGCCAGUCACACCAAAGAAGGAAGAGACUGCAGACGAUUCAUUGAAGAAGUCGGUGGAGCUGAGAGAGCUAGAGGAAGAACUUCUCGGGGACGGGAAGGCGGAGAAGAAAGUGAAGUUCACAGAGCAGGCGGAGGAACGGGUGAUGGAGGAAGAGGAGGUGGAAUCAGACCUGUCAGAGACGGAGGUGGAAAUCGUUGAUCAGGAGUGGGAUCCCAUCGACGACGAGGAGACUCAGAGGCUGCUGGAGGAGGAGGAGGCCAUGAAGAUGGAAGAGGAGGAACUGCUCGCUAUAGGUGAUGAGCUGAGACAGAAGAUCGAGACAGAGCAGAGCGAGAUCGAGCGCCUCCACCAGGAGAUACAGGAGUUGCAGUACCUCCGACAAGACUCCGACCUCGAGGACAUCAGCUCCUCCUCCGAGAGCAGCUACGACAGCGAGGAUGAGGACGACCUGCAGGACAGCCUCUGUCAGCUCAUCCACGACAAUGAAGACCUCGAGAAAAAGAAUGCAGAGUUAUGUCAGAAGAUCCAUGAGGAGCGGAUGAUCUGCCUGAGUGUGAAGCUGCAGAUCAGGCUGCUGCAGCAGAAACAGCUGGAGACGUCACAGAGCAGUGUCGGGGUUCCAGACAGGGAGACCUUCCUAUAGCAGUUGCCUCCCCUUCCGCAUUCUGCCACAUUGCAUACUGCCAGUCCCUUGUACCAAACAAGGAAAGGAUAUUAGGCAUUAUUAUCUUAAUAUGAGUCAUGAGUUAUCUCCCUUGUAUUAUUAUACAGUAGGUGAAGAUGUGCCUACACAGUUAUCGCUUUACUUGUAUGCUGAGUGCAGUUUUGAAACUCGGACUUGCAGGUGAAGUCAGAUUUUGUGUUGUUCACAUACAGUAAAGCCUUGUACAAG